CAAAUUCAAAAGCUCACAAAACAGAAAACAGAAAAAGAAAACGAAGCAGCAAGAGAAGUAGAGGAAUAAAUUGACUUGUGAUUUUGAAAAUUCAAAUUGAUUUUGACAAGUCAUCGAAUACGCAUAAAGCAACUAAACACGCUGGAUUAAAGUGUUUUUUUGUUGGCCGUACGGAAAAGUGCAAAAAGAGAAUAAAAGUGAAGUUUCGUGCAAAAGUACCAAAAAAACAAACACGCAACAAAACUCGCAAGAAAAAAACCAAAAACGUAAAUCCCAACUUGUCCAACCUCGCCCGUAACCGGUACGACCGUGUUAAAUCCGCCAAAAUUCUACUCAAGGAGCGUAAAGCAAUCAUCUCCAGAAUGAAGUCCCUGACGGCCGUCUGUCAAACAGGUGCCUCCGGCAUGCCGGGCAUCAGCCCCAAUGGACGCAUUGCGCGCCACCCGCCGCACCGGGGCGACGGCGAGAACGCUGAAAUGAAGAUGUAUCUCUCCAAGCUGAAGGAUCUGGUGCCCUUCAUGCCCAAGAACCGCAAACUUUCCAAGCUGGAGAUCAUCCAGCAUGUGAUCGACUACAUCUGCGACCUCCAAACGGAGCUGGAGACACAUCCGGAGAUGAACAACUUCGAUGCGGCGGCUGCGCUGACCGCCGCCGCUAACAUGCCAGAUGACAGCGAGGAGGAUGAGAUGCAGCACAUGGAGGACGGCGACGAGGCCGAUGCCGAUGAUCUGCUCGCCCAGCGUCUGGCCGCCGAGCAGCAGCUGGCAAAAAUCUCUAGUCCCGCAGCCCGUCUCCCCCUCAGCGAUCGUCAGAGUCCCAACACGCUGUUGGCGCCAGGUCAGCCACAGCAGCAGCAGCUACAACAACAGCAGCAGCAACAACUCGCCAACAGUUUAGCAACGCAAGCGAACGAAGCGGAGAAAGACAGCAGGCAGUCGUAAGCAGCAGGCUGACUAAACAGCAGCCAGAGGGAGAAGAACCUAUGGAACCUAUAAACAAUUAUUAACUAAAUGCAUAAUCAGUACCGAUAUAUACCGAGUGUAAUUAGAGCCACAGUGCAAGUACAGUCAACGCCACUCGCAGCAACCUUCGUGUGAAGAGAUCUCCACAUAAAAUAUAUAACCAAGCACACGCAUCUAAGAAUAACGUAAAUGUAAAACUCUCCAACAGCUGUCCAGCACUCGCUCUCCCACGCAGG